CUUUGUUUAGGCGCCGCGGAUUGGCCCAGCGCGCCCAGUUCGCUCGCGUGUUUCGUGUCUAGUCUCCAGUCUCUGCCGCUCUAGUCUCUACCCAUCGGCGCCUUCGUUGGCAACCCGCGCGACGACUGCCGCUGCACACUGCGACCGCCGCUGCACCUCCACCUUGCUCGACCCGGCCCUAGCACAGUACCGUGUGCUUGUGUGCGUUCGUGCGCGUGUGCGUGUCCUGCUCCGUUGCCCAUCCACUUUCCAUCUUCGUCCUUCCGCGUCUCGCCAAACCCAGAGCUUCUGCAGGCUUGUUGGCGGACUCGCAUUCGCACGCAGCUCCUGCUCGCCAUGUCGUCCGCAUCGGAAGACGAGCGCAAUGGCGACGCCGACCAGGAUCUCAACGAGGACAUGGACGACCUGUUUGAUGACGGCAUAGACGACGAGGCUGAGACAAGAGCCCAGCGUCGCCAACUCGACGAUGAAGAGCUGGACUCCGGCGACGACGAAGGCCGCUAUGACAGGGCUCCGGCUGACGAGGAUGAGAACGACGGCGGCGACGUCGAGCAGGUCAUGCAGGACGUAAACAUCAUGGAAGUCGACCUGGCCCGCCAUCCGGUGCCCGAGCCCAGCGACGGCGAAGGCUACCUGCUCAAGAUACCAGAGUUCCUAUCUAUCGACCCCGUCAAUUUCUCCCUCGAAGGCUUCACGCCACCAACGACAGAUCACCACUCGACUUCCGCCUCCUCCAACUUCUCCGCCUACAAGACUGCGCAGACCACCAUUCGCUGGCGCCAUUCCCCCUCGAAUCCGGCCGAGCUGCAGUCCAAUGCACGGAUAUUGCGCUGGUCGGACGGAUCUCUAACCCUUCAGCUGGCCUCGGACCCGACCGUGCAGUACGAGAUAUCGCACAGAGCGCUGGCACCACCUCAGCACAACCCCACGAAGCCCACGCCGCUCAGCAAGCCGGGCCAGAGCAUCAAGCCAUGGUCCGAGAAGCAAGAACAGUUCACCUACCUCGCCUCCGCCUCCCAAGAGGCCUUCAUCGUUCGCACCACAAACAAGAUCACUGCUGCCCUGCAGGUCAACACCGUGGGCGACAAUGAGGACGAGGCUCUGGAACGUCUGCAACGCAAGAUGGCCGCCGCGCGGGCCGCAAACCACGUCGUCGUGAACCUGAGCACCAACAUGGAAGACCCGGAGCUGCAGCGCAAAAAGGCGGAGCAGGCGGAGAGAGACAUGCUGCGCGCGCAACGCCGCCUCGAGGCUCAGCAGCUACGCGAGCGCGAGAAGUCUGGUCGCGGCUACGGCCGGUCCGGCGGUCGCGCGGGCGGGCUGUCCGUGGCGGAUCUGGAAGGCGACGGCGGCGGCUCCCGACGAAACGCCAAGAGGGCGCCUCGGCGCAGACGCAACAACGACGAGUACAGCGACGAGGAAGAGCAGUUCGGAUCGGGCUACAGGGGCAGCCGGGACGAAUACAACGAGGAGGACGACUUCAUCGCCCGCAGCGACGAGGAAGAGGACGCCGAGGGCGACGACGAAAUCGACGACUUGGACGCCAUGAUCGAGCGGAGGGAGCAAGAGCAGCAGCGCGAACGGGCAGAGCGCACGGGCACGCCCAAGAGAGACCGAGACACCGACGAGGACGCCGACGCGGAGGCCGACGAGGACGAAGACACGAGAGAGAGCCCCGUCAGCAGGCAGAAGAGGAGAAGACUGGUCGUCGAUGACGACGACGACGAAUGAAGGCUACUGCCCAUCCACCCCACACCUCCCCGCGUCGACUGAUCGUGCCGUACGUCUUGAGGCAGAUGCAAAAAUAAAAAGAAGAAAAUAUGGUGCUUGCCCGUCGCCUGCGUCGCCCCCGCGAAGUCAUGUAUUCAUUUAUAUUUUAAUUGUUUUUUUUCUUUCCAAAAAAAAGAUCUCCUUUUUCGCUGUGCGCAUGCUACAAAGCUGGCGAAGGGCAUGAACGAUCUCUGCGACGCAGCCAUCGGGUCGCGGUGUGUUGCAGACAGUCCGAUGAAGAGCGAGCCUCGCCUGCGCUUCCGUCCGAAAACAGAAAAGGAGGGCAUCGUUACAGGUACGGGCCGGAACGUGAGGGGGUUGGGGGAAAAAAAAAAGGAAGGCUAUAAUGCCCCGUGGAAACAAAAGUUAGAUCACUUCACAAUUCCACAAGCGUCAUCCAGAAGUGUUUCGCUCCUUGAUUUUUUUUUCUUCUCAGCAGACUACAUAAACUUACUAGAUGUAAGCACGGUUCAAG